AUGCUGCGCAGCUCGCCAAAAGCUGAGGAUGUGGAGGCGGUGCACCCAUCGAAUCGGCCGAGUCUCAUCGGCAACGUCCGCAUCGCCAUGUUGAGCUCGACUCUGACCAUGCCCAAGGUGGGCUCGCAUCUGAUCCUCACCUCGCCUGCCAAGCACGUGCUUCAGAUGACGCUCAACCGACCCAAGCAGCUCAAUGCCAUGACCGAUGCCAUGGAGGAGGACAUCUGCCGCGUCUUUGACUGGUUCGAGUCCGAGCCGUCGCUGUGGGUCAUCAUCCUUGCUGGAAAGGGCAGAGCCUUCUGCGCCGGUCAGGACCUCAAGGACUGGCUCAACAAGAACCAGACCUCCGACACCGUGCGUCAUGCGACGGGAGAGCCCAUGCAGUCCGACGCCGAGGUCAACAAGUCGCUUCAGCGCCUCAAGCGCGGCGGCUUUGGAGGCAUGAGCACUCGCAGAAGCGCCAAGCCCAUCAUCGCAGCCGUCGACGGCAUCUGCAUGGGAGGCGGCACAGAGACCAUUCUCAACUGCGACAUGGUCGUCGCUAGCACCCGCUCCGUCAUCGGCUUGCCCGAGGUCGCCCGAGGCGUCGUCGCCGCCAUGGGAGGCAUUCCUCGUCUCACCCAGCUGUGCGGACAUCAACGAGCAUCGGAGCUUCUGUUGCUCGGAAAGCCCAUCAGCGCCAAGGAGGCGCACGACCGAUACAACAUGGUCAACCGCUUGGUCGACGUGGCCAAGUCCACCUCGGAGGAGCUCGGCCAAGCCGCUGUGGAUCAGGCCGCCAUCGAGCUCGCAGUGCAGCUCACGCAGAACAGCCCAGACAGCGUGCUGGUGACCAAGUCGGCUCUCGUCAUGGCUCGCGACGCUGCAGGCGGCGACAUUGACGACUCUGCGCGCGACAACAUGCUCUCCGACCGCAGCAGGCUGCUGUAUGUGGGCAAGAACAUCAACGAAGGGCUCGAAGCGUUCAAAGGGAAACGCGACCCCAAGUGGUUCAACCCCGUGCCUCUUGCCGCUCCGACCGGCCAGCCCACGUCGAAGCUUUGA